CGCGUGCACGUGCGCGCGCGUGCACGUGCGUGAGGAGCGUGCCAGUGAGAAUUUAUUAUGUAACAACGUGUUCCCAAUCACAUCCCUCUCUGCCUGAGAGUCUGAGGCAUAAGGUCGCUUUAAGAGAUAUCUCAGUUCCUAUCAGUGAUCCUGGCAGGACACCUCCUCCUCUUCCUCCUCCUCCUCCUCCUCCUCCUCCUCCUACCUUCCCCUUCGACCAAAAACUCUUGUUGUGUCUCACCUGAUGCAAAGCAGCGCUGGACGUCCAGGAGGAAACAACAGCUCGGCAGCAAAUGAAGACUGAUGUUAAGAUUGCCAAAGAUUAAGGAUGAUGGAAAGCUGUAAGAAAAUGCUAAUGUUAUUCAUGAAGUAAUUACAGCAGGUGUGACACAACAAAUUAGUUCAAUUAGGCCUCUGAAGUGAGCCCAGGAAAGCCACCAUGGAGCUGCAGCAAAACACCAAUCACAACCAAGCCCAGUGGAAAGAAAUACCGUGGGACUCCACCGACGACUGCGCGCUCUCAGUGAGCGGCACCACUUUCCUCAUCGUUGCUUACAGUACAGUUUUGGCCGUGGGUCUCAUCGGGAACUCUUGCCUGGUGUUUGUUAUCACACGGCACAAGGAGAUGCGCAACGUCACCAACAUCUUCAUCGCCAACCUGUCCUGUUCUGACAUCAUCAUGUGCAUUGUGUGCCUGCCGGUCACUAUUAUCUACAUGCUGAUGGACCGCUGGGUCCUAGGGGAGGUCCUCUGUAAGCUCACGCCCUUUGUCCAGUGCAUAUCGGUCACCGUUUCCAUCUUCUCCCUGGUCCUCAUCGCCAUGGAGCGCUACCAGCUCAUUGUCCACCCGACUGGAUGGAAGCCAAUGGUGGGCCAGUCCUACUUGGCCGUGGCUGUCACCUGGAUCGUGGCUUGCCUAAUCUCGGUGCCUUUCCUCUCGUACAGCGUGCUCGCAUUGCCUUUCCAGAACAUGAGCGUCCCAAUCAGUGAUCACCUGUUUUGUGUGGAGCGGUGGCCGUCGGUCCAAGAGCGGCGAGCUUACACCACCUCCCUGAUCGUCUUCCAGUACUUCCUCCCUCUCGCCCUCAUCAUGCUCUGCUACCUGCACAUCUACCUGCGCCUCAGGAGGAGGAAGGACAUGGUGGAGCGCGGCAGGAACGCCACUCAGAAGAAAAACAAAGGCGCCGCGAGGAUUAACGCCAUGUUGAUCGCCAUAGUGGUGGCAUUCGCCCUCACCUGGCUCCCUCUCAACGUCUUCAACACGGUGUUCGACUGGAACCAUGAGGCCAUCCCGACCUGUGGCCACGAUAUCAUCUUCUCGUUCUGCCACCUCACGGCCAUGGCCUCCACCUGUGUUAACCCCAUCAUCUACGGUUUCCUCAACAGCAAUUUCCAGAAGCAGCUCAAGACCACCCUGUUGCGCUGUCGCUGCUGGGGGGUGACGGAGCGAUACGAGAGCGUCCCGCUCUCUACUGUCAGCACAGAGGUCACCAAGGGGUCAAUCUUGAGCAAUGGAUCUAUCAGCAACAAUACUUAGAUCUGAGCCUUUUCAGUGAAGGAAACAAACACUACUGAGUCUUCCUCAGCCCUCAUUGUGUCAUCCUUUGGAGCUUUUCUUGCUUCGUUGCGUCCAAAAGCGAGGCUGACAUUUACAAAGUUAUAAACCUCACUAACAGCAGUCCGGAGAGAGCCGACUGAAGACACUUAACCAGCAUGGCGCGAUGCCCUCGAUUCAGUAUGAGGUCACAUGAAAGAGGAAGUAGAUAACAAAUUGAUGGUGCAAAGGUUGGACAAGUUGAAGAAUUGUAGGGCAACUGAGGGCACUUUACAUGAGCACUUUCGCAGUCUGUAUAGUCCCUUCUCCAUGUACUGUGGGCACAUACGAAUGAAGAGACAGCAUUUAAUGUGGUAUACAUCUGUCGUGUUUUCUUUCUAAAGCACUGGGAUUGUCACAUUUCAACAAACAUAAACUGCUUAUGUUUUGCUUUUCACACUUUUACCUGCUUUAAAUAUGGACAAUGAGACCACCUGAGAGAACUGAAAGGACAAAGGGGUUGGGGAACUGCAAAUGUUCUUUUCAAUUUAGUUGUUUUAUAUUAAUAGUGUCGAUGAAAAUAUCAAGAGAUUGUAAACUGUGAUGUGUUAAUGAUUAUUGACGGAGUGGCUUAUUACGUAACUGAAGGAGAGGACAUUAGUGCAUUAAAUGUGGCUCCGGGCGUCCACUGAGACAAUUUACUAGCAUCAUCUUAAUGCGUUUAUUAUUACCUAAAAUCACCACAAACGAUGUAAUGCUCUUUAACAGCAAACCUUGGCAAAAGCUAUAUACAAUCCAUGCUGUCCGCCAAGGUCUGCGCUCCAGUGUAUUAUGCGUGUGGGAUGUUUUUUUCACAACAAAUGUGCCAUUCAGCAACCAUAUAUCAAGUGCCAUAAAACAAAAUAAAAGAGGCAGUAAAGGACUUUGUCAGAGCCGGGUUCUCCUGCUGUAUAUAACCUUACUAAAUACGUGUAUGGCCUGUAAACAAUGUGACACAGUUAUAGUUUAUGGUGUGGUAUAGGGAAUAAAGAGCACUGUGUAGCAGCAUAGCAGAUAUAUCCUAGGAAACCUGUUGUAAGUCACUUCUCUUUGUGGUAAUAAACUGAAUUAAAACGUUUACUAACAUUUACUAUUAAAGAUGAUAAUCUUUAA